AUGGUUCAUGCUCAAGAACAAUUAGCAAGAUUAUGGAAUAUACCAUUUCAUCAAGUACCAAGGUACCUAGAGAAAGAACAGCAUUUAAAUAAGGUGAAUAAAAUAUUAGAACCAUAUCUAGAUGAUUCAAAUUUUGCUGGAACUUAUAUAGAUACAAAAAGUGAUUCA